AUGUUUCGCAUCGCUAUCACAGGGGGUGGCAUUGGAGGCCUUUUUGCCGCCCUUUGCAUUCACCACCACUGCAAAUCACAAAGAAUUAAGAUUGAUGUGUACGAACAAGCCCAAGAGUAUGGGGAGAUUGGCGCGGGGGUGGGAAUUGGACCCAAUGCCGCUACCCUAGUUGAACGAUUAGGUCUGAAGGAGGAAGCGCUCGCGAUCGCCGGUGAUCGGGAGGGUAUCUGGCUUUCGUUUCGGCGCUACGAUACCGGCGCAGAAGUGCUCACCAUUAUGAAUCCAACAAAUCGAAAUACCACGCAGUUGCCAAUGCACCGUGCAGAAUUCUUGGAGCUUCUUGUAAAGGCGAUACAACGACGAGGAGCAGCGACACUACAUACGAACAAGCGGUGUGAAGGGAUUGAACAUGACGCAGAAACGAGACUGACUGAGAUCAAGGAUCAAGAUGAUACGAUGCUCGUGAAGUUUGCCGACGGAACAACCGCAUCUGCCAAUCUUGUGAUCGGAGCAGAUGGCAUCCACUCGGUCGUUCGCUCGCAUUAUAUCCAUGAUACAGCCCAGUAUGGCGAGAUGGUCGUCUACCGGGGUCUUUGCGACAUGGAGAAGAUCCAAGGCCAGUGGGAUCUGCCCACAUAUGCAGCCUUAUUCAUGGCACCGGGGAAGCAUUUCCUCACCUUUCCCAUUAGCAACAACAAGAUCCUCAACGUGGUGGGGUUUGUGUCCACGCCAUUGGAGAAGCUGGGAGACGUCCGUGAAAGCUGGACGCUGGCUGGUGACAAAAGUGAGGUUCAAGAGGAAUUCAAAGACUUCGCUCCGGUAGUGCAGAGUGUGAUUCGGAAUAUGAACGCCCAUCCGUUGAAAUGGGUCUUGUUUGACCGGAAAUCCACGCCACAGUGGAUAUUCUCGGGAGGCAAAGUUGCACUUCUGGGGGACGCGGCUCAUGCGAUGUGUCCUCAUCAAGGUAUGUUCCUCGAAGCCUAUGAUCUUGGAUGUCGAAAACGCAGCCGAUUAACCAGCAGAGAAUGGAUUUUAGGAGCCGGAGCGGGCCAAGCUCUUGAAGACGGAUGGAUUAUUGGGCGGAGUCUCCGAGAGUACUUUCAAGCAUUAGAAUCACCUCGCCCACGCAGCUUGCAGAGUUGCCUGCACCUCUAUCAAUCGAUUCGAGUUGCGCGUGCGGAAAAGGUGCAAGUCACCUCACGCCAAGCGGGCGACUUGUACGAGAUGAAGAUUGACGAAGUCGCCGGGCUGAGCUAUGAUGAAGGCCUUCCGAUUGUGAAGGACAAGCUGAAGGAUCGGAUGCAGUGGAUCUGGAACGAAGACCUGGACCAAGUCUUCGAUCAAGCUCGGACCCACUGGCAGCGCCCGUCUGCAUUGCAGUAG